AUGGGCCUGAAGAGGCUUGCUCUCGGCUGUGGCCUGGUGGUCGGCCUGGCCGUGAUCUGUCGGGCGGAAGGAAGUGGCUGGCGCUCCAUCUCCAGCGGUCACGGUCUGUCCUCUGGCGGCUACGGCCGGUCCUCUGGCGGCUACGGCCAGUCCUCCGGUGGCUACGGUCACUCCUCCGGCGGCUACGGCCAGUCCUCCGGUGGCUACGGUCACUCCUCCGGCGGCUACGGUCAGUCCUCCGGUGGCUACGGUCAGUCCUCCGGCGGCUACGGUCAGUCCUCCGGAGGCUACGGUCACUCCUCCGGCGGCUACGGUCAGUCCUCCGGUGGCUACGGUCACUCCUCCGGCGGCUACGGUCAGUCCUCCGGUGGCUACGGUCAGUCCUCCGGUGGCUACGGCCAGUCCUCCGGUAGCCACGGUGCCGCAUGA